CUUCAACUCUGCCCCUACAGACAAGUUCACUGACUCAGCCAUUGCCAUGAACUCAAAGGUGAAUGGGGAACACAAAGAGAAAGUGCUUCAGCGCUGGGAGGGCGGUGACAGCAACAGUGAUGAUUAUGACCUCGAGUCUGACAUGUCCAAUGGAUGGGACCCCAAUGAAAUGUUCAAGUUCAAUGAGGAGAACUAUGGUGUAAAGACCACCUAUGAUAGUAGUCUCUCUUCUUACACGGUGCCCUUAGAAAAGGACAACUCCGAAGAGUUCCGUCAGCGGGAGCUGCGUGCAGCCCAGUUGGCUCGGGAGAUUGAGUCAAGCCCGCAGUACCGCCUGCGGAUCGCCAUGGAGAAUGACGACGGGCGCACUGAGGAGGAGAAGCACAGUGCAGUUCAGCGGCAGGGGUCAGGGCGAGAGAGCCCCAGCUUGGCAUCCAGGGAGGGCAAGUAUAUCCCUCUGCCUCAACGAGUUCGAGAAGGUCCCCGGGGAGGAGUUCGGUGCAGCAGUUCUCGGGGUGGCCGGCCUGGCCCUAGCUCUUUGCCACCUCGUGGCCCUCAUCAUCUUGACAAUAGCAGCCCUGGCCCAGGUUCUGAGGCACGUGGUAUCAAUGGAGGUCCUUCCCGCAUGUCCCCCAAGGCACAGCGCCCUCUGAGAGGUGCCAAGACUCUGUCUUCACCCAAUAGCAGGCCUUCUGGAGAAUCUUCUGUUCCACCUCCUCCUGCAGCUCUCUCUUUUCUUCCAGUGGGCCGGAUGUACCCUCCACGCUCUCCAAAGUCUGCUGCCCCUGCCCCAAUCUCUGCUUCUUGUCCUGAACCUCCUAUCGGCUCUGCAGUGGCGACCUCUUCAGCCCCUAUCCCUGUAACAUCAUCAGUUGUGGAUCCUGGAGUGGGUUCCAUUUCCCCAGCUUCUCCAAAGAUUUCACUGGCCCCCACUGAUGUAAAAGACCUCCCAACCAAGGAACCUGGCAGAACUCUGGAAUCCCAGGAGCUGCCCCGGAUAGCUGGGAAAGUCCCUGGCCUUCAGAAUGAGCAGAAACGAUUUCAACUAGAAGAACUAAGAAAGUUUGGGGCCCAGUUUAAGCUUCAGCCCAGUAGUUCCCCUGAGACCAGCCUGGAUCCUUUUCCUCCUCGGAUUUUAAAGGAGGAGGUUAAAGGGAAGGAGAAGGAGGUUGAUGGUCUAUUGACUUCAGAACCUAUGGGGUCCCCAGUCUCAUCUAAGACAGAAUCCGUAUCGGAUAAGGAAGACAAACCCCCCCUGGCACCAGCAGGAAGCACUGAGGGGCCAGAGCAGCCCCCACCACCUUGCCCAAAUCAAACUGGCAGCCCCCCGGUGGGGCUCAUCAAGGGAGAUGACAAGGAUGAGGGCCCUGUUGCUGAACAAGUAAAGAAGUCAACGUUGAACCCCAAUGCCAAGGAGUUUAAUCCCACAAAGCCUCUGCUGUCUGUGAACAAAUCCACCAGUACCCCAACUUCUCCAGGGCCCCGAACUCAUUCAACUCCCUCCAUCCCGGUGCUGACAGCAGGCCAGAGUGGGCUCUACAGCCCCCAGUACAUCUCCUACAUACCUCAGAUCCAUAUGGGACCAGCUGUACAGGCACCUCAGAUGUAUCCGUAUCCUGUAUCCAAUUCGGUGCCUGGGCAGCAGGGCAAGUACCGAGGAGCAAAAGGCUCCCUCCCGCCCCAGCGCUCAGACCAACACCAGCCAGCCUCAGCCCCUCCGAUGAUGCAGGCUGCUGCAGCUGCUGGCCCACCUUUGGUGGCUGCCACACCUUAUUCUUCCUACAUCCCCUACAACCCGCAGCAGUUCCCAGGCCAGCCUGCCAUGAUGCAGCCUAUGGCCCACUACCCCUCACAGCCGGUGUUUGCCCCCAUGCUUCAAAGCAGCCCACGCAUGCUGACGUCGGGUAGCCAUCCCCAGGCCAUUGUGUCAUCCUCCACUCCUCAGUACCCUUCUGCAGAGCAGCCCACCCCCCAAGCCCUCUAUGCCACUGUUCACCAGUCCUAUCCACACCAUGCCACGCCACUCCAUGCCCACCAGCCACAGCCGGCCACCACACCUACUGGGAGCCAGCCGCAGUCACAGCAUGCGGCCCCCAGUCCCGUCCAGCACCAGGCGGGGCAGGCCCCACACCUGGGCAGUGGACAGCCACAGCAGAAUCUGUACCACCCAGGGGCCCUGACAGGCACGCCGCCCUCUCUGCCACCGGGACCUUCUGCCCAGUCCCCUCAGAGCAGCUUCCCCCAGCCAGCCGCUGUGUAUGCCAUCCAUCCCCACCAGCAGCUGCCCCACGGCUUCACCAAUAUGGCCCAUGUUACCCAGGCCCAUGUCCAAACUGGAAUCACAGCAGCCCCGCCCCCUCACCCUGGGGCUCCCCACCCGCCCCAGGUGAUGCUGCUGCACCCACCCCAGAGCCAUGGGGGGCCCCCCCAAGGCGCGGUGCCCCAGAGUGGGGUGCCUGCACUCUCAGCUUCCACACCCUCACCCUACCCCUACAUCGGACACCCCCAAGGUGAGCAGCCUGGCCAGGCGCCUGGAUUUCCAGGAGGAGCCGAUGACAGGAUUCUAUGUAGGGUGGGCAGAAGCCACAGUCGCCGCCGCCAGGGGCUUGCUCCUGGCUCUGUCCUUUGCUUCCCUCCGUCCUCGCUCAGUUGUGAUCCAGCAGCCCCCCUCCCCACUGCCUCCCCAGCUCUCAGUGACCCCGACUGUCUCCUGACUUAGCCGAGGUAAGGUCAGCGCAGCAGACAGGGCCAGACUGGGGUGUGGGGGGCUGAGCUGGGCACAUGAGUAAGGGCUCUGGCUUACUGGGAAACAGCGAUUGACCUGUGCUUCUGACAGCCCCAUGAGACACCUUGAGGAGGCCGCUCCUACCCACACACCCCCACAGCCCCUGGACGCAUUGAUGAAGGGACAGCUGCUUGGGUUCUAAUGCUCCUGCUCUCUUCUCUUUCCCCUCCAACCAGUUCAAUCUCAUCCCUCCCAGCAGCUCCCCUUCCACCCCCCGGGGAACUGAAGAUUGUCCUGGCCGCGACCUGAGACCUCCAUGAGUGGAGGGAAGAGUGAUCUAUGUCUCUUCCCCCAGCAGCUCGGACCAGUCCCAGCCCCCCAACCCCCCCCUUUCCCCUGGGGGAGCUGGGGAAUUCCUGCCAAGCACCUUGAAUGGGAGGGGCCUCAAAGUGGGCAGGGCCAGGGUCCUGCAGGGGUGGGGGGUUCCUGCUCUGCCCCUGCCUGUUCCCACCCAAUCUUGCCCUCCCAUCCUCUCAUCUAUUCCUCCCUCCCCCCGCUGGAGACGGAAGAUCUUUUAUUUUCUAUUAUUUAUAACCUCAGACUUGGGCCCCCUGUUCUUUCUUCCCCAUUAACUUGAGUGACCUGCGUGAGAGACAGACAGAUGCCCCACAAGGAUGGUUGGACAAGGACUUUUACUUUUUAUUACAUAAAAAUAUUAAAAAAUAAAUAAAAAAAA